GUGCGCGGGAGGCUUGUUGCUUUUGAAUGGGGGCCGCUUGCUUGUUUCCUAACGGAAUAUAAUCGGUUCGUUCGGUAAUAACGUUAUCCUCGAUAUGGACAGUCGGUUGCAGGAAAUCCGUGAGAGACAGAAGCUGAGGCGGCAACUUCUCGCACAGCAGCUGGGAGCUGAAAGUGCAGACACCAUCGGCGCUGUUCUCAACAGCAAACAGGAGCAAAAAGAGAUCGAGGAGACGAGAGAGACAUGCAGAUCGUCUUUCGACACAACAGCGACCGGCUCCAAACGUAAAUGCCAGAACGAGGGAGAGGACGCAGACGAGGACAUUGAGGAUCAAAGAGAGGAUGCAGAGCCUCAGCUGCUGGAGGACAGCGGUCCAUUCGAGGAGGUCUACAAGGACUCCAGCACAUUUUUGAAGGGGACGCAGAGUCUGAACCCUCAUAAUGACUACUGCCAGCAUUUCGUGGACACGGGACAUCGACCGCAGAACUUCAUCAGAGACGUGGGUCUGGCUGACCGAUUCGAGGAGUACCCCAAACUCCGGGAGCUGAUCCGGCUCAAGGACGAGCUCAUCUCCACCACGAACACACCACCAAUGUACUUGCAGGCCGAUCUGGACAACUUUGAUCUGAGGGAUCUAAAGUGUAAGUUUGACGUGAUCCUGAUUGAGCCGCCGCUAGAAGAGUAUUACAGAGAGUCGGGCAUCAUCGCCAGUGAACGCUUUUGGACCUGGGAUGACAUCAUGAAGCUGGAGAUCGAUGAGAUCUCAGCACUGCGUUCUUUCGUCUUUCUCUGGUGCGGGUCCGGAGAGGGGCUCGACCUCGGCAGGAUGUGUUUGAGGAAAUGGGGGUUCAGGAGAUGCGAAGACAUCUGCUGGAUCAAGACAAACAAGAACAACCCCGGGAAGACCAAAACGCUCGAUCCCAAAGCAGUGUUUCAGAGAACGAAGGAGCACUGCCUGAUGGGCAUUAAGGGCACGGUGAGGCGCAGCACGGAUGGCGACUUUAUCCACGCCAACGUGGACAUCGACCUGAUCAUCACAGAGGAGCCCGAGAUGGGCAACAUCGAGAAACCUGUGGAGAUUUUCCACAUCAUCGAGCACUUCUGCCUCGGACUGAGACGUCUCCAUCUAUUCGGACGAGACAGCACCAUCAGGCCAGGCUGGUUAACCGUCGGACCCACACUGACCAACAGUAACUUCAACGUGGAAGCGUACGCCUCACAUUUCUCCACCUCCCACCUCUCCGGCUGCACAGAGGACAUUGAAAGGCUCCGCCCCAAAUCUCCGCCCCCUAAACCCGAGGGGUGCAGAGGGGCUCCACGAGGGGGGCGAGGCGGAGUGGCAGGCGGGCGUGGAGAACGCGGGCGUGACAGGAACCGACCCAACUUUCGCGGAGAGCGGGGCGGGUUUAGGGGGCGUGGCGCUCCUCACCGUGGGUUUCCUCCACGAUAAUUUUUUUUGUUUGUUUUUCUUGUUGUUGUUUUUAAACAAAUGAUGACACAGAGCUGAUUUAUUUUUUUAAUGAGCCAGCAAAUAAUUCUGCCUUUUGCUUUUUCUUUUUUUCAUGAUUUGAAUCCAACUUGUACAGGAAAUAUGACCCUGCCAAUGAAUUUUAUUCGUGCAUAUCUUAGGUUUUAAAUAGUGAGAUAAGGACUUUGUUAAGAUCUGCAUCACUGCUGUAAGAUUUUGUUUGUUUAGAUUGAAUGUCGCCGACUUUUUACUGAUUUUAUAACUGCUCUUUUUAAUUGGCCUGCUUUUUGUUUGUUUUUUUUCCCCCCAAAAAAAUGUCAUGUAUGCUUCUUUUUGCAAAUUCCUUUUGCACUGAUGUUACUCUGACAGUAAAGGCAAAAAACAAACAAACAUUCUUUACGCCCUCAUGUCUAGACAUCAUCUCCCUCAACGUGUCUCUUUCACACAUAUUUGUUUUUACUGUAUGUAAAUGUGAUGCCAUGGAACCAAGGCGAUUUUUAAAGGUGUAUUUAUUUAUUUUUCACCAGUAUUCAAUGCACUCGAACCACUGUGCGUUCAUCAUGAGACGAAGAUGAAGACGGCAGGGUAGAAUGGGUGGGCUGGUUUCAGUUAAAAGUAAGGCAUGGUGCUCACCAUGAAAGGGUGGAAUAAUUUUAGAACUCAUUAAAAGAUGCUUUUUGGGUCAAAUUCGAAGGAUUCACUUGUAGUGUUAGUUGUUUUGAUUCCCAACCAGAGCCCAAACCCCCCAGCCACUGGACGUGGGGCCGGUCCCAAGCCCGGAUAAAUGGGAGGGUUGUGUUAGGAGGAGCAUCUAGUGUAAAACCUGUGCCAAGUUGUUGUGCGGACUGGAUAUUCUGCUGUGAAAUCAGAUGAAAGUUUGUAAUAUUUGGCCAAUAAACCUAA